CUGCAAUAUUUUUUAUGAUUGAUUUUUUUGGUUAUGUGCCCCUGCAUUAAGAGACUCGCCAGCCUAUUUUUGCAGUUAGAAAGCAAGCUAUGUACUCUCUAAAAGACAUUGUGCCUGCAGCUGAGAACAACAUAAAUACACAAGUCAUAGUUUUGAACAUAGGCAAGACAGCAUCAGAGGGCCAAAAUAAGACAUGUUUGGCACUUGUGGUUGAUGAGAUAGCCGCAGUUCACUUCCAGCUCUGGGGGGAUGAGUGUGAUGCCUUUGAGCCUGGUGAUAUUAUCUGUCUAACAAAUGGAAUAUUCUCUUGCAACCGGAGAAGUUGGGUGUUGAGGGCAGGCAAGAGAGGGAAGGUAGAGAAGGUGGGAGAAUUCACCAUGGCAUAUGUUGAGACACCCAACAUGAGCGAGAUUGAAUGGGUUCAUGAUACAAGCAAGUCCAAGUUCGUGCAGAAGGCUGUUAUUUCACCCCAUUCAUGCAUUUUUCCGCCAUUACCUUAACUUUUGCACCUAUUGUUUCAUGUAAUGGUCCUUCUCACUACAUUUCAAAAUUAUCAACAUUGAUGAGAUUGUAGUUUCAUGUAUUUCUUACUCUCUUCAAAUCAUCUUUAAUCAACAAAGGGAUCUG